UAGGAAUGGGAUCCUGGUGCUUCCACAUGACUCUGAAAUAUGAAAUGCAGCUGUUAGAUGAGCUCCCAAUGAUUUACAGCUGCUGUGUGUUUGUAUACUGCAUGUUUGAAUGUUUCAAGAUGAAGAGUUCGGUAAACUACCAUCUGCUUUUUGCCUUAGUUCUAUUCAGUUUAAUAGUAACCACAGUUUACCUUAAAGUAAAAGAGCCUAUUUUCCAUCAGGUUAUGUAUGGAGUGUUGGUCUUCACACUAGUACUCCGAUCUAUUUAUAUUGUUACAUGGGUUUAUCCAUGGCUUAGAGGAUUGGGUUAUACAUCCUUGGGUAUAUUUUUAUUGGGAUUUUUAUUUUGGAAUAUAGAUAACAUAUUUUGUGAUUCACUAAGGAACUUUCGAAAGAAGGUGCCACCUAUCCUAGGUGUUACCACACAGUUUCACGCAUGGUGGCAUAUUUUAACUGGCCUCGGUUCUUAUCUUCACAUCCUUUUCAGUUUAUAUACAAGAACACUUUACCUGAGAUACAGACCAAAAGUGAAGUUUCUCUUUGGAAUCUGGCCAGUGAUCAUGUUUGAGCCUCUCAGGAAGCACUGAUGAAUUAUUCUACCAAGAAAACAGAAGACACCUCCCAUAAGCCCCGAAGGCUAAAUCAGACCUCCCACAAGACCUACAUGUGUAAAUUCAUCAUGACCAUCACAAGAGGAGGGCAUUCUGACUGAUGCUGCCAACCACAUGGAGAACGAGGAAUGGGCCUGUUGGGUGUUUUAGUUCCUGGCUUUAUCUCAUUAGUCCUCCUCAUCUUCAUCUUAAGAUGUUUAUAAAGAAACAUAUGUGAUGUGUUAUGUUCUAGAAUGCUAAGGAAAUUGGGCUUUUCUUAACAGGUUAGCAGUUUGUGCUAGUCUUUGGAAAUUAACCUUUUUCUCUUUUUUGACAAAGGCUGCAUGUAAAUUAUGUCUUUCUUAAUAUUUGAUUAUAUAAUGAAAACAGUCAUUAAGAACUGGCAAAACCCCAUAUCUAGAUGGUCAGCUUUGUGCCAGCACUUAGCUGUGUCAGCCUUGAUUUAUAUUGUCAUGGUAAUCUCAUGAAUGGUUUUCCAAGAUUUAAACAAAACAAAGAAGAGGAAAGGGAAAAGGAAAAGAGGAAGGAAGGAAGAGAAGAGAGAGAAAAGCUAACUAGUAUUUCUUCACUGUUUUGGUGCUAGUUGGAAUAUCAGAGCAAGUUCAGACCUACCACUGGGUUCCAUACUUGUCACCUCCCAGGAUUAGAGCGAGUGGGUCAUCAGUAUUCUUUUUGAAGCUCUACCAGUACAACUGUAGAAGCUGUCCAGCCACUUAUAAGUAGUUGCUCUGUUUUCUUUGGUCUUUUCAGACCUUUAAGUUAUCACUGUUUUUUGUUUAGGCAAGCAUGACUGGUGGUCUAGCUUACCCAUAUUUCUUCCUCCUAGCUUAAUUUAUUUGACGUUAUCAGGGAAUGUCAUUAAAGUUUGACUUUUUACAUUUUAUACUAUUUUCCAUUUCUCAAAGAGGCUAUAAGUUAAGCCCAAGGAAUCAUAUCAAGUUAACUAAAGGUAAAAUGGUCAGGAUCCUAUUUAUACAAAGCUAAUUAAAAUAUCUGCAUCUUCAUUUUUUGAGGGAAAUAGAUAUAAGAAAUAGCUCUGACAUACUUUAUACACCAUCCAAAACUUAGAGCACUAAGAAACAGCAGUAAAAGCAGCUAGUUCUAAUUUGGAUUUAAAUUGAAUCACUUCACAAAAAAUGAAGGAACAGAUGUUUAAUAUCUAAUGAUUACCUCCUGAGCUGCGGCUUCAAGUUUUCUUACUCAAGUUGGUAAAACACUUCUCUCCUUCUUCCAAUACUCAAUAAGAAGCCUUAGAACAUUUUAAAACCAAAAAAAUGUUUUCUUCAUCUACUGGCCUUAGUUUUGGCCCAAGAACUAUUUUCCUUCCCUUAGCAUGCCAACCUGCAUUUAGGCAGGUACUUCACCCACUUUUCUAGCAAAAACACCACUUACCAAAAAAGGUAUAAAACCAAACAGUUCCAGUGCUGUCCAAAAAAGUAUUCUUUCUUUAAAUUCUGACUUCUGGCUACAUUCGACCUGCAACUGCUGUGGGCUAUCCCUUCUUAAUGAAUUCAUUUGUCUCACACCAUUUUAUCUUUAUACUGUUCAUAUCUUCUUCUGCAUAAAGAAUCUAUGUAUAGGAAGAAAGAUACAUCCUUUGUGACAUUGUUGCUAAGCAUUGUAACACUGAGGUUCUGCAGUAUUAAACUGAGAUUACAUGUAUACAGCUGUGGCCAUUUAAAGCAGUUUGUUGAAUAUGUGAGUCACCCGCCACCACCACACUGUGCAAGACCUCACUGAAGAAGUAUCUGCAUCCCAGACAGCCAGUUCUUCAAAAAUCUUUGUCUGUUGUGAGCAUAGAUUGCAUGAAAACCCACAUAAUACAUUUUAGAUGUGUUGAGCAGAAGUAGGAGGUGAAGUCUUCAUUUUUCCAAGUAGCAACAAAGUAACACACUGAAGACUUCUGUGCCCCUUGUGUGGAAAUCACGGCUGACCUGUUGGCUGCGGCUAAUUUACCUUUAUACAAUGGUGCUCUUUUCCUUCUUGAAUUCUGGGUAGACAUUCCAGGGAUUGA